CAUUGGCUUAGGUGACUUAUUGCCGGUUCUCUAUUAUUAUUACUACUGAAUUUGCAAUAAAAAGUCAAAGGUGCUUUUUUUUAAAUAAUUUUUUUUUCUCUUCCUCCACUUCUCUUAUUUUCUUCAGUUCUUUUCUUCCUUCCGUCCACCCCUUACGUCCUUGUCUCUGAGUUUUCUGCAGCCUUAAGGAUCUACCCCUCCCCUGGAGCUUCUUCUCUCAUCGCCAUCGUCCUUCAGCCUCACACUACACAGGAUUAGGACUUGUGCAGUUUGACUGAAGGGACCAGGAAAGGUUCCCUACGACACCGGCUACCGCGUUGCAGUGUAUCAUCCAAAGGGUCAUCAGCGCCCUCGUUAUCAUUGCCGUUAUAUUCCUGAGCUCUUCGCAAACCUCAUGAGGCGCUCAACUUCCCUCGCCUUACUGGCGACAACUCUGGCCCUCGCGACUCUCGCGAGUGGUCUCCCGCAUGGAGACGAUGACAUGGACAUGGGAGGCAUGGCUCAUGAAGAGCCCCAACCAUCGCCAACAGCGCAGGCCCAGGCUGAUACGCCUAUGAGCUACUUUGCAUACGGAGCUCAUUCGGGUACCAUAGUCGCCCACGCGGGGCUCAUGGUUCUUGGAUGGUGCUUCGUCCUUCCAGCAGCUGUCAUGCUCAGCGUUGCGCGCUCUCGCUAUGCCCUGCCUACGCAAUUCCUCUUCCUGAUCGUCAACGCAUUCGGCAUGCUCACUGGAAUCAUAUACAAUGGCCAAACCCCCGACCUCUACGAGAACAACGCCCAUCACAAAAUUGGCUGGAUCGCAUCGUGUGUUGCUGGCGCGCAAGUAGUUAUGUCAUUGAUUUUCACCUAUGCCGGAAGAGGUGAUGCGGAUGUCGCCCCAUCCGAGCGGGCGGCAUUCCUUCCCGUCUCCACGGAUGAGACCGCCAGCCACCAGCGUAUGUACCCAUCCGGUGCGCUCCAUGAAUACCGUUGGUCUGGAGACAGUGGCCAGGGGACAGAGCCAAAUGAAAGCGGCCCUUCAUCACCAACCUGUGUGCCUCCAGAAUACGAUGACUUCGAAAAGCCCGAGAAUUACGUCCCCACGAAACCGGUCGGUCCUCGGAGCUGGCUGCGUAACACUGUUGCCGACCGCUUCUUAGCCAGCCGCGUGCCUGGAAUGGUGUCGAGCCGUGUCCUGGGUAUCCUUAACGUUGUCUACGUGAUCAUUGACAGGAUAAUUUUGCCAUUCGGCUUCAUUGCCAUUGCGACGGGCGGUGUUACCUACGGUGGCAUCAUGAGAGGAAAUCAAGUAUUCAACGGUCUCGCACAUUUCAUCAAGGGCGGCAUUUUCUUCUGGUACGGUCUGCUGACCCUGGGACGAUUCCUCGGCUGCUGGUCGGACUUCGGCUGGGCUUGGAAUGUUAAGCCCCCUGCAGAGGUUGUCGGCAAGUGGAAGGCCAAAAUUCCCACCGCCGAGUUCGUCGAAUCUCUUGUUAUCUUCCUGUACGGUGCCUCCAAUGUGUUCCUGGAGCAUCUGGCGAGUUGGGGUGGUGCGUGGACUGCUGUAGAUUUGGAGCAUGUGGCUAUAUCCAUUUUGUUCUUUGGUGGAGGCCUGUGCGGAAUGCUCUUUGAAUCUAAGCGGGUUAAGGAAUGGAUCAACAAUACUGUCCUGCAGUUCCCUUCUCAUCUUUCUGUGCGUGGCUACAACGAAAACAAUUCCUGGCGUGUUCCUAGCACACAGAGUGUAUCACUCAACCCGAUGCCUGCUUUGGUGAUUCUUCUGCUGGGGUCUAUGAUGGGAUCCCACCACCAAGAUAGCAUGCUUUCGUCAAUGGUACACCAGCAAUGGGGCAACCUGUUGAGUGGGUUCGCCGUUGCUAGACUUGUGACAUAUGUCAUCUUGUUCUUGAAGCCCCCAACUUCGCAUUACCCGUGUCGCCCUCCCAGUGAGAUUCUUGCUUCGUUUUGCCUGAUGGGUGGCGGUCUCAUUUUCAUGAUGAGCACCAGGAAUAUUAUCCAAGCCAUGAUGUACUUCGAGGUAGAUUCCAUGUUCACGAUGACCGUAGGAAUGGGAUUGACCGCAUUCAUCAUGGCCUGCGAGGUCCUGGCUGUCGCCCUCAAGGCUUGGGCCGUGAGGAGGGAAAUGCCUCCGCAACCCACUGCGUAUCGCUUCCCGGCUUAAACCCCGCGAGACACCGAUUAUUGAGAACGGUUCUGCGACCGCUUAUUUUGUCAACCUGCCGCGUCAAUACAGAUGAUGCCGGAGAAAAAAUAUAAAAAAUAACCAGCACAUAAGCUAAUGGUCGAAUAUUUUGCGAAUUCGCAUUGAUUUCGAAACAGUUUUAUACCCCGAAAUUCUUUGAUCUUUGAUUAUUUAAUAUGUCGCUUCUCGUCGGUCGGACAUAUGCUAUCUACCAUGAUUGGUGCCCUUUCCAUUCCAGUGGACAGGACAACCAACUUUUUUAACGUCUUUCCUUUUCUCAGUUAUGCUGAAUGGUGUCUCCUCUCACGAACGAAUGUGUCACAGAUGCGAUAAUGAGGUGGUUAUUGGAAUCGACUGGACUGGAGACAUGUAAUGUGUCUGAGCUGGGAGGGAAUGAAUGGCUGCCAGCUCUGUGGAUUUAAUGUUUAUGCACGUACAUAUGAAUGCCUGGCGUUCAUCCAAUGGCAAGAUUAUUUAAAUAAUGAUAUUUCACGUUGAACAGAA